GCGGGUGGGUGCUGCGCGCCUCCUCCUCCGCCUGCUGGCUACCUCCACCCGCGCACCGCGGGUCGGACAGUAGCGGCCGGCGCUGGGCGGCGUCGCGGCCGAGACUGUCCUCUUCUCUUGUCUCCUCCGGUCCGCAGCCGGCGCCGCGCUGCCCAUGGCGUAGCCGCGCUGCCUCCGCGGGCCACGGCGUGGACAGCCCUGCUGCCAGACAGGUAGGAGCCUGGAGAAUCCGACUGCAAAACGUGCCAUAGAUUUCCAAGGAAGAACAUCUGCAUGAAGGGCUACAAAGGGAGCUGAUUUGAGAAGAUAAAGCAUUUGCAGCAAUGUCUUCAAGUUGUGUGACUUCAGUGUUUGCUUUGAUGAUUCUGUGCUUUGCAGCUGCAGGUCCUGUGCCUAGCAGUGAAUGUGUCUUAUCACCUGUUAACAAUUCGCACCCAGUCCGUGCCUUAUUGGAGAGCUUUACAGUCUUAUCUGGCUGUGCAAGCCGAGGCACAACAGGCCGGCCGCAAGAAGUGCAUGUCCUCAAUCUCAGGAAUCCUGAGGAGGGGCUUGGUCAUCAUGAAAGAGAGGUGACACUGCAUCUGAAUCCAAUUUCAUCAGUGCACAUUCACCAGAAGCCUUUGGUGUUUAUUCUCAACUCUCCUUUGCCUUUGGUCUGGAAGCUAAAAACAGAAAGACUGGCACCUGGAAUCCGAAGAGUUUUCUUUGUGUCUUUAGGUUCUGUUGUUCAGUUUGAGAAGGGAAAUUUCUCCUUGUCAGCAGAAACAGAAGAAAAGCUUUUUCCUGAGAGAAAUGAACAUCUGCUACAGUGGGCCCAGAAGGAAUAUGGAGCAGUAACAUCUUUCACUGAACUCAAAAUAUCAAGGAACAUCUAUAUUAAAGUAGGAGAAGAUCAAGUUUUUCCUCCUUUGUGCAACAUAGAAAAGAAUUUUCUUUCUUUAAAUUACCUUGCGGGGUACCUACAACCAAAAACAGCAGAAGGAUGCCUUAUGUCUAACUUAGUCCGAGAAAGAGAAGUUCAUAUCAUUGAACUAAUCACCCCAAAUUCCAAUCCAUACAGUGCUUUCCAGGUGGAUAUUAUCAUUGACAUUAAACCAUCACAGCCAGGUGCCAAGCUUGUCAGAGACGUCGUACUUAUCCUUAAGUGUAAGAAGUCUGUCAAUUGGGUUAUCAAGUCGCAUGAUGUCCAGGGAAAGCUGGAAGUGAUUACACCAAAUAGUGUUGGUUUUGGAAAAGAAGCAGAAAGAUCCAUGACUAUGAGUAAAUCAAUAGUACCUGAUAUUCCCUCAUCUCAUGAGAGUUUGAUCAAGUGGGCUUAUGAGCAUAACUAUAGUCCAGUUACUUCUUACACAAAAGCCCCUGUUGCUAACAGAUUCCAUCUGCAACUUGAAGAUGCAGAAGAGAUGAAUGAUGAAGAAGACCAUUCUAUUCCUCCAGAGCUGACAGAAUUGCUGGGUGCUAACCCACUGCCUGUCCCAAAGAAUCCCACAUUAAAUGAUGGCCUGGCAUUUCCUUUUCACAUUAACAGAGGAAGACAUGAAACAGUGGGAGAAGGAAUCUUCCCAUCCAAGGAUUCAGUGGAUACGUUAAUUAAUCAUGACUUUGAGCAUUCCCUCUCAAAACAAAAAGAACCUGAAGAGGUUCAGGGCAGUGCUGAUGUGGCCCUGUCAAUAAAGUGUGAUGACAAAGUCAUGACAGUAGCUGUAGAAAAGGACUCUCUGCAGGCUAGCGGCUACACAAGGACAGAGCUCUCGCUGCUGGAUCACUCUUGCAAAGCCAGGAUGAAUGGCACCCAUUUCAUUCUGGAGUCUUUGCUGAGCGAAUGUGGGACUCGAACAGCAUAUAUUUUGAACAAGAUCGUUUAUUUUAACUCUAUCGUCGUUCAGCUGUCAUCACCAGCUGAGAGCAGCGGCUUUGAUGAUGAUGACAUGGAAUCAGGUGAUAAUGGAUUUCCAGGGGAUGCUGAUGAGGGAGAUGCUGUGUUCUCAAGCUGGCCUGAAAUAGCGUUCAAUUGCACACUGCAUCAGCCAGAAGAUGACAGAGGCAUGUUCUGGCCUCCUGAACCACACCUCACCAAUGUGACCUUCAACAUGGAGCUGUAUAAAACAGACCUGUUUCUUGCUCCCUCCCAAGGACUCUUCUCUGUUGAUGAGAAUGGACCAAUAUAUGUAGAGGUGUCUGUGACUAAAGCUGACAGAUCCUUGGGUUUUGCCAUUCAAACGUGCUUUGUUUCCCCAUUUUCAAACCCAGAUAGAAUGUCUGACUACACCAUUAUAGAAAACAUUUGUCCUAAAGAUGAAUCUGUUAAAUUCUACAGCAUGGAGAAGGUGAACUUUCCAAUACCAUAUGCACAGAAGGAAAAAAAAAGAUUUAGCUUUGUGUUUAAACCAAUGUUCAACAGCUCACUGCUCUUUCUUCACUGCGAGUUGACUUUGUGCACAAACAAAGACAAAGAUACUGAAGGACUGCCAAAGUGCAUUCCCCCUGAUGAAGCUUGCACCUCUCUCAAUGUGAAUAUGAUCUUGGCCAUGAUGCACAACAAGAAAACCUUCACUAAGCCUCUUGUUGUAAUAACACAUGAAGGAAAGCCAGAAGAUCCUGCCCUUCCAAAGCCAAACGUGAGACAGCCACCUGUGUUCUACGGUCUGGACACGCUGACUGUCGUGGGCAUCGCCUUCGCAGCAUUUGUCAUCGGAGCCCUGCUCACAGGAGCGCUCUGGUUUAUCUACUCGCACACAGGGGAAGCAGUGGCAAGACAGCAGGUCCCCACGUCGCCGCCAGCCUCGGAGAACAGCAGUGCCGCGCACAGCAUUGGCAGCACGCAGAGCACCCCCUGCUCCAGCAGCAGUGCAACCUAACUCCGGCGGGAGCGCAGUCGAGGAGCAACACGGGAGUGCGUAGGUUCACAGGAUUGUGUGUGGACAUCAGCUUUUUUAAGUUAAAAGGAUUGGUUUGGUUGCUUUUGGAAAAAGAAAAAAAGGAGGAAUUUUUCUACAGGGAAAACAAACAAAAAAAGGACUGAUUUUCUUUGGGGGAAGAAGCCACUGUACGUGUGAGUGUGUAUACCUGCACACACUGCAUGGGUAAGCACAGCCUGUUGGAUCAUCCAGAGCAUGUUAUGCUACAUGUGACAAAGCUACUAAUUUUACAGUACUGCAACCUUCUUCUAGGGGCCCUUGGGCCCUCAAUGUGAAAUCUGUGCCAGUGUGGAAAAAUGCUGCUUUGUCUGUGUGACUUAGUUUCUGUUUCCCUAAACCGUCUCAUUGACACAAGGUAUUCAUCGAGGGAAUUCAACAAGAUAAGCAGGAAAAAGACCAACGUAGGUCAAAGGAUUUCUAUUUCUAUUCUAGCUAGCUUCAAACUAGCACAAUAAGCAAGAAAGACUCAAGGUCAGACCUCUUUGGUUAUUAACAUUUUAUUACUUCAGCUAUGUUUAGCCAGUUUUGAGUAACCUUUGUUUUGUUAAGCUUAUGGCUACAGCAUCUCAUUUGCUUUCCGGUUGUGUUUUCAGCUUCAGGUUUGUUCAGGUAUUUUUGUUUUAACAUGUGUUGGUUUGCUAAUUGGAGAAGAACACACUCUUAACAUUCCCCUCCUUGUUCUCUGGGCCAAAGCUCUUAUUAAAGAGAUGUAUUUUUAUUACAUCUACUAUACCAAAUACAGGCACAUACACCUAUUAAGACAAAUAACACUUGUAUGCACUAACAUAGAUAGGUGUGUGUACCUUUUAAUGGCAAGAGUUCUAUGCAAAUAGAUGUAUAGCUAAGUAUAGAGAGCUUGACUUACCACUUUAACAACUGGGAAGUUAGCUCAGUGUGCCUUCCGUAUAUAAAAUACAUAAUGCAUACAUCUAUUUUAAACCAACAAACAAAACCCUCAGAAAACAACAACAAAAACCCCACCCCAGCCCAAACAACCCUAAAACCAGCAAACAAAACUGUCUCUCUUCAGCUUAUAAUAGGAAGAUAGAGGAGAUAAAAAAGCUAAAAGAUUAGAACCAAUCACCUAGCACAAAGUCUCUUUGAAAUAAGAGGUAGUUUUGAGGGCAGAAAGAAUGUACAGUAGAGCCUGUUGUUUGUGCAGGAUACUGCCUAUCAAAAUGAAGCUGUUCUUUUCAGAUGUGCAGUUGCUUGUGUCAAACUAUUGUGUGAACGUUGCAGCUGGGUAGUCCCAAAGUAGUGUUGGAAUGUGGGAAUGGCAGAAAGGCAAUAAUUGUCACAGUACUUUUUUAGUGUCAGUGCCACGUCUCGACAUAGAAAUUGAUGCCAAAUGAAAGGACACUUUUGAUGUAUAAUUUGUUUGACUGUUUUGUUGCCACUUUGUAAAUUGUGAUGUGUUCUACUGAUUCUUCUCCUCUGAGGAAAAACAUUGAGCAUUGUUUUCCUCUAACAAUGAGCGUCCUGCGUUAAUUUUAGUGAAGGUCACCCCAUCUUCUGCAAGAAGAGAAGAGGAUUCAUUACACUAGAGUUAUAAUCUGCUCUGAACUCUGAGCUGCAGGUUUCUUUUGCUGAUUCUACACUUGUGCCUUGCCGAUGCCAGGCUGGUCAAAGUGCGAGAUAGGCAACUGAUGUAGGUGCCCAGGAUCAGGUGGAAUAUUGCUCGCUUUAAAUCGAAUCUGUUACUAAUCCUGCAGAUGUUUAUGCAGAUGAAUAACUACUGGCUGGUCCUUGCUAGCACAAGCACAUACUCACUCUACACAUUAUGGCUGUUCUCAGAGUCACCUAUAGAGUCACUCAUGUGAAGAGUGUUCCAUGUUACCAGGCCCAUGGGUUGCCCUGGUAGCACUGGCGGGAUCCUCGCAUAAGCGUAGUUAUCCAUGCGCUUAAGGGUGUGCAGGAUUGGCUCUGUGACGAGGUGUUGGGAGGAUGAAUGUGCUACCUGUGUGGUUGAAAAGAAAGCGCUUUGCCUAACCUUCAGCAGAAUGUAUUGCAUAAGCAUAUUCUAUGUAUGAAAUCUUUAAAGAUGUCUUCAAAGAAGACUAGAGUCUCUAAGUUCAAUCAUAGCUAUAUUUUACUACAUUAAAUUUCUGUAUAAAGAUAUAUUUAAAUGCCUUAGUUCAAUGUAAGUUACUCUAUAUGAAAUGUUUAAUUUUAAUUACUGUGAAAUUGACAUAUUGUAAAUUUCCCCCCUGUUUUAAUCCCUCCCUUCCUCAGAUGUUUUAUUAAGUAGAUUCUUAUAGGAAGUAUUAGAUUGGGUUGUCGGGAUGGACAGGUUGAAAACUUUUAUGUAAGAUAGAUAAUUGUAUAUUUUUGAGAAACAUGCUGCAUUAUCAAUGUUUGUUUUUUUUUUACCAAAAAAUUACUCUAAUUUUAAAAGAACUUACAGAUUUUUAUAUUUACUGUUGGAUAAACCAAAAAAAAAAAAAAAAAAUAUAUAUAUAUAUAAAAAGAUCAAAGAUUCAAUUUGUUGAGUUGUGUUUUAAAUACGUUUUAAAUGAACUUGGUGCACUCAGAAAUCUUUAAGCAAUCUGAAUUAAUUGUCUGUGGGAAGUUACCAAAACUGCACGUGAUUACUUAGCAACUGGAACUGUCACUUCUGUUCCAGUAAAGAAAGAGAGAGAGAACACCAAACUUGGGCAUUCCCAGUUAACAGCUUUAAGAAAGAAAUGUGUAGUACCUUCCAGCAGCUGCUUAGCUGCCUGCAGUUCAGAGCACUGACACACCUGUGAGCUCUACUCUUACAGCUGCCGUUCUUCUCUACAGCAGCUUUCUACUCUUACAGCUGCCGUUCUUCUCUACAGCAGCUUUCUGAGUGUGGUGUGGCAAGUUCCUGAACUGCAAAGCCACUGGUUCCCACCUCUAUAAAACCUGGUCUUGCUGUGCUGGACUUGCCAUGGCAGGUACCUGUGGAAGGCCAGCAAGAUGCUUCUGCUGCAGUGGAGUGCUUUAAAGCAGGGUUUUAGAGGGAUGGACUUGGUAAGUUUCAGCAUGAUGGAAUCCACUGUAAAGGAGCUUCUUAUAUUAGAUUUUGGCUUACAAGGGACACAGUCUGACUUUUAAAAGAUACUAAUAACAUACUUAAACUCCAGAGUAGACUGCUCAUUGUGUCACGCCUUGUCUAAUAACUGAUUAUACCUUCUACAGCAUUUGAUUUUGGACAUUACUAUGUUCAUGUUUCCAGAAGCCAGAUCCGUGUUAGGCUAUUUUUGUACCAUUUCCCACGUGGAAAUGGACUUUGCAAUAUGUCUGUAAAUGCUGAUGAUUGUAACCUUCCCCCUGCCCUUUUCUAACCCUUUCUCUCCUGUAUGUACUAUUCUGUCUGUUAUGUAUCUACCUCAUACUCCCCAAGAAGACUGUACUGUUGGUUGUGCUGCCAGUCCUUCAUGUCGAGGUGACUGUUCUGCCCUGUUGUUGUUAGUCAUUUGUGGGGAUGUUCAUGGAUGCUCACAGAUCCUCACUGCCGUGUUCCUAACAGUUCCAAACACAGUAUUUUUGCCUUCAAAUCAACAAGUGCCAUUCUUUUAAAAUCCAAAUGCCUAGAUGGUUUUUAAAAUCAAAGAACGGGAAAAAAUCAUUUGCUAAUACCUGUGGCCAGUUUGAACACCCCAUUUGUGUUUCAUAUUAAAUCCUGUAUUUUAGUCUUGUGGAAAUGCACAGUUGUACAGUUUUUGAUAACCACAGUGUCAUGUCAUCUUGGUCUCUUGUGCAUAAUAAAGUAUAUAUCAAUUUACUAAAAA